GUCUGCCUGCUCAUAGUGCAGCCAAAAGCCUCCAGGAAUUUGAAAAACAGACAUCAGGGUUGUGUUUUAGCUGCAGGAUGGGCUCCAAAAGCUCCAGCUUGAACAAAAUCCCAAACGCACAGGAGCUCAUGCAGGAAACUGGCUUCUCCGCUGCUCACAUCCUCCGUCUGUACGAGAGGUUUGAGUUUCUGGACGUAGACCAGAGGGGAGAGCUCAGGCCUGAGGAUUUCGGAGCAAUUCGGGAGUUACCCAUGAACCCCAUCGGAGACAGAAUCAUCAGUGCCUUUUUCUCUCCAGGAAAGGAAACGGUGGACUUUGCCUCCUUUGUUCGGAUUCUGGCUCAUUUUCAUCCCACAGAAACAAGCCGAUCCAGAGACGGAGUACAGCCGGAGCCGGCCAACAGCAGGACCAGGAAACUCAAAUUUGCUUUCCAGUUGUAUGAUCAGGACAGAGAUGGAAAGAUUUCGCGAGAAGAGCUUCUUCAGGUGCUGCGGACGAUGCUGGAGAUGCAGGUAACGGAGGAGCAGCUGCAGAGCAUCGCCGAGCGAGCCAUCCAGGAAGCCGACCUGGACCAAGAUGACGCCAUCUCCUUCGACGAGUUCAGAAAGUCACUGGAGAAAGUGGACAUCGAUCACAAGAUGAGCAUUCGCUUCCUGAGUUAAAGACACGGCAUCAGUCAUCUUGUUGUCUUUCUAAAUCCUGCUAGAGGAGA